UUGUCUGACCCCAACAUACUUCCUGGUUCAACAGCGUGUGCACACGGUGAAAUGUCAUCGUGAACACUAAACAAUCCGCAAAUUUAGCUACAUCUGUUACAGGAUUCGGGUCGUUAUUUCAAGCAGUUCUUCUGACUUUUUCCGUCAAUCGGAGGACGCACAGAGAUCAUGAAGGUUUUCAUAACAAGACGCAUCCCACAGGAGGGAAUGAAGAUUUUGUCACAGGCUGGAGUAUGUAAAGUGUCACUGUGGGACUCUGAUGAGCCUGUUCCGAGGGUGGAGCUUCUGAAGGGCGUGGAGGGGGCCCAUGGUCUGCUGUGCCUCCUGUCGGACAAGAUCGACACAGAGGUUCUGGACGCAGCAGGUCCAAACUUGAAGGUUAUAAGUACCUUGUCUGUCGGAUUUGACCACAUGGCCAUGGAUGAGAUCAAGAAACGAGGGGUGCGUGUGGGCUACACUCCAGACGUCCUGACUGAUGCCACGGCGGAGCUGACCGUCGCCCUGCUCCUGGCUACAGCUCGGCGGCUACCAGAGGGCGUGGUGGAGGUUAAGAAUGGAGGCUGGAGCACCUGGAAACCUCUGUGGUUGUGUGGUUAUGGUCUGUCAGGCAGCACUGUCGGUGUCAUUGGACUGGGACGCAUAGGUAUGGCCAUUGCCAGGAGGCUGAAUCCGUUUGGAGUGAAGAGGCUCCUGUACUCUGGAAGAACUGCCAAAUCCUAUGCUGCUGAGGUGGAGGGAGAAUACGUGCCCUUGGACACGCUGGUGUCUGAGAGUGAUUUUGUCGUGGUGUCCUGCGCCCUCACACCAGAGACCCAAGGCCUGUGUAACAAGGACUUCUUCAGCAAGAUGAAGAACACCGCUGUCUUCAUCAACACCAGCAGGGGUGCAGUGGUGAAUCAGGAGGAUCUGUACCAGGCUCUGUCCAGUGGUCAGAUAGCUUGUGCUGGGCUGGACGUCACAACCCCAGAACCACUCCCCACCGACCACCCCCUCCUCACCCUCAAAAACUGUGUGGUCUUGCCCCACAUUGGCAGUGCUACCUACUCUACACGUGGCAUCAUGGCAGAGCUGUCCGCAAACAAUCUGCUGGCAGGCCUACAGGGCACAGACAUGCCCAGCGAACUCAAAUUCUAGUGCUGCUCUACAACUUCUCAAUUCUGCCUCGGUCCUCCUGUUAGAAUGAUUCUUUUAUCAACCAAUCAGUAGUCAUUACCAGGGAAGGUAAAAGCCGUAAGUGACCAGGAAGGAAUCUGUGUUAAGAUUAUUGCUGUUCUAUUAAAGGAAAGAUUCACCCAUUUUGAAUGUUAUAUAAUUGUUGUGCAUCUCUGAGCGAUGUUCUAUCGAUUCCUGGGGAUUUUCAUGUGUAUCUGAGCUAUUCGCUGUUCAAACAUGCAGAAAUACAGCCAGUAUGCCAUGUUUUGCAUCAUAGAAAUACAGCCGGUAUGACGUCUUUAGUGUCAUAGAAAUACAGCCGGUAUGACGUCUUUAGUGUCAUAGAAAUACAGCCGGUAUGACGUCUUUAGUGUCAUAGAAAUACAGCGGGUAUGACGUCUUUAGUGUCAUAGAAAUACAGCGGGUAUGACGUCUUUAGUGUCAUAGAAAUACAGCGGGUAUGAUGUCUUUAGUGUCAUAGAAAUACAGCGGGUAUGACGUCUUUAGUGUCAUAGAAAUACAGCGGGUAUGACGUCUUUAGUGUCAUAGAAAUACAGCGGGUAUGACGUCUUUAGUGUCAUAGAAAUACAGCGGGUAUGACGUCUUUAGUGUCAUAGAAAUACAGCGGGUAUGAUGUCUUUAGUGUCAUAGAAAUACAGCGGGUAUGACGUCUUUAGUGUCAUAGAAAUACAGCCGGUAGGACGGAUUUUACGUCAUAUUCAGCUGUAUUUAUGCCUGCUUGAAUGGCAAAUAGAUGCACAAAAACUGGGUGAAUGUUUCCUUUAACAUGCUCUCCCAACAUGAAGGUAAACUUCUGCCUCUUGCUCUUACUGUUUUACAAAAAUAACUAACUUCUAAAAUGUUACUUGAAAGAGGAAGUGUAUAGUAUUAGCGUUUUGAGAACAUGCCUCAGUACACUUAACAGUACUCCUAAGGGUCAGCCAUGACUUCCUUUUAAGGACGUAGAAAAGCACUACAAUGUCUCUGCACACAAUUCAUCACUGGCCGCCUUGUUCUUAUGAAACACUUGAUCGAAUUGUGUAAAACAGUAGUUGUAAUGUUUUCUAUUGUUCUCAUGACAGUUUUGUGUUAACAUAUUGAGAUAUGGAUCGCCAUUGUCUAUUUGUGCAUAAUUCUAAGAAACACUAUCUCUAAUUAAUCUUUGGUAAAACACCUCGCCUGUAAUCAUUGUUUGUUUCAAACCAGCUGAUCACUCCCUCCCUCUAUCAUGGUCUCUCAUUCUGGCUUUGUUGAAUAAAGUAGAAAUGUUGUACAGUA